AUGUUCAAACCAUCCGUUGACAGAGGCGAGCGUAAAUCAAGUGAAACGGUCAGCUGCGAGCCUCAAGUGAACGGCGAUUGCUUUCAGCGGGAUUCAAAUACAAAAUGGCACAACUACAGCGCCACUCUAUUCCUAAGCGAUGGAUCGCAAGGUGGUCACUUCGUCUUCACCAGUCGCUUGAGCUCCGAAAUACGAGCCGUUAUUCCUGCCAAGUGCGGCCGCGCCGUGAUCGCAGCCAGCGACCAAACCCACAGCUACCUGCCACUUCCGAACGCAAAGAACUGUCGUCUCGUGCUCGGCUUCACGCACGCGGCGCACCAACGGGACAGGAAUAGGGAAGCCCUCGAGACUGCCGUGUGCGAGGCGCGACGAAGUCUCCGAGAUCGUCGCCGUCCCGGCAGUCGCUCGAGCCCCACCACAAGCACCGUAUUCUUCGUGCAACGGCUCCGCAAGCACGCGCCAAUGUCGUAUCAGUGUCGCAUUACGAUAGUUCUGGGCGGCGUCGUGCCCAUCCUGGCGUGCUACGUCUGUAUCUUCUCCGUCAAAUAUCACAACCACCUCUAUCCUCACAGGAAGCUGGACUUCACCCGGUUCUUCGACAAGUUCGCGAAUUGAAUGCGUGAAUAAACCUUCGCUAAAGAUAA